AAUCAGAGAGAUAAAGUGGAAGGGGGAUUUCAUUGCAUGGACAAAUGAUCAUGGAGUAAAAAUUUUUGAUAUGAGCUCCAGGAACAGAAUCACCUUCAUCAGUAAAGAUCACAGCUAUCGGCCUGACCAAUACAAAUGCAAUAUGUGUUGGAAAGAUGGACGCACACUCCUCCUUGCAUGGGCAGAUAAAGUGAAAGUUUGUAUUGUAAAAGACAGGGAGGAUCGGGAUAUUAGAGAUUUACCACAAAGAUAUGUAGAAAUCAUUGCCAUGUUUACUAUCGACUCGUUUGCCUGUGGUAUUUCUCCGCUGGGUGACAGUUUGGUCAUUCUAACGUUUGAAAAAGAAACCCAGGAAGAGGACAACAGACAGGUUUCCAAGCGACCACACCUGUUAAUUGUGGAGCCACACAUGGAGUAUUUUGAGGAGAUUUCUAAUGACGCUUUGUCUGUACGGGGAUUCCAGGAAUACAAGCCUAUCGACUAUCACCUAGAGACGAUUGCGGACGAGAAUUUGUUUUACAUUGUCAGUCCUAAGGAUAUCAUUGUAUCUAAGGAACGGGACAUUGACGAUCAUGUUAGCUGGCUUUUAGACCAUGAAGACUUUGAGGAAGCUGUGGAUGUCGUAGAGAAAAACGAACAUCUCCUUAGAAAGCAUUCUUACAAGGAAGUAGCCAAGCAGUAUCUCCACUUUUUAUUGGAGGAGGGUAAUUUUGAGGAAGCAGCCAGACAGUGCCCGAGAAUUCUGGGUAAAAAUAAGGAAUUGUGGGAAGAGGAAACUUGGAAGUUCCAGAAAUAUAAACAGUUAAAAGUUCUAGCCCCCUAUUUACCCCGCAGUGAGCCUCAGCUGUCUCCAGCAAUCUAUGAACUUGUACUGAAUGAUUUUUUGAACACAGACAGUGAGACAUUCCUAAGCAUAGUGAAGGAGUGGCCGUCUAACCUGUAUAAUGUACAGACCAUAAUCACCGCCACGCUGGAUCGCCUGGACCGUGAACGGAACAACACGGUCUUACUGAGAGCCCUCGGAGAGCUGUACACAUUGGAGAGACAGUAUGAGAAGAGUCUGGCCAUUUACUUAAAAUACUGUUCAAUCGCUAAAUCCAAAGAAAGAUUAGGGAACACAGACGUUUUUCAGCUGAUCCACAAAUACAACCUCUUCUCUUCCAUCAGCGAUAAAAUCGUCCAGUUAAUGGAGUUUGAUGAAGAUCAGGCUGCUAAACUUCUGAUUGACAAUAUGGAUAAGCUCCCUAUUGAACAAGUUGUCAAGCAGCUCGAACACCAUGAGAAGUUCUUGUUUGCUUAUUUGGAUCGAGUAUGUCAGAAAGACCAACAGCUUUGUCAAGCCUACCAUGGACAGCUUGUCAAGCUGUAUGCAGAAUUCGCUCCAAGGAAGUUACUUCCAUUCCUGAAGAGCAGCAUCCACUACCCACUGCAGAGAGCCAUGGACGAGUGCCAAGUUCGAGGGCUCAUUCCUGAACAGGUCUAUUUACUGGGUCGUAUGGGAGAUCUGAAGAAGGCCUUGACCUUGAUUACAACAAAGUUGAAGGACGUUACCCAGGCUAUUGAGUUCUGUAAGGAUAAGAAUGACGAGGAACUGUGGGCGGAUCUUAUUAAAUUCAGCAUUGAUAAACCAUCUUUUAUCAAAGGAUUACUUCACAACAUUGGAACUCAUGUGGAUCCCAUCAGACUGAUCCCUCAAAUCCAGAAUGGAAUGGAAAUCCCAGGAUUACGGGACUCAUUGGUUAAGAUUCUCCAGGACUAUAAUCUUCAGAUAUCAUUAAGAGAGGGCUGUAGAAGAAUUCUUGUAGCAGACAGCUUUAACUUACUAGACAGACUGGUCAAAACACAGAGAAGAGGGGUAGCUGUUGACAGUAGUCAGUCUUGUCCUAUUUGUCAACAGCGAAUCAUAGUAACAGAUUUGAGAUAUGCCAGCAAUGUUGUUUUAUUCCACUGUAAACAUGCAUUCCACGAAGAUUGUUUACCCACAAACUCAAUGGAGCGCUGUACAAUCUGUAGUACACAAAGGAGGGGACCUGGAUCUAAGGGCGUGGUCAAGUAAUGCCAAUCAAAGGAGAGCUCCAAUAAUAUCCAUCAAAGGCCGUGGUCAUGUAAUGUCAAUCAAGUAGUGCUCCAAUCAAAUGCUGGCUUUAGAU